CAGGAGCGCGGAGGGGGUGUGUCGUUUUGUUGUGCGGCAGGAAAAAUGCGAAACCGUGUUUUUCUUUUGCAGGCUAAUCCGUCAAUUUAGUCAUGUGGAAUAAAAUAUUUUAGCGGUAUGGGAAUCCAGAAGUACAAGUCAAGUUAAAACAAUCUUUUUUUAAAACACAUAAUAGAUGUAAACAGAAAUCGAGUUCGCUUCAAAAAGCAGGUAACAUUUGUGGUCUUCUGUGUAGUUUACAGUCUGACAAUGAAUUCGGAAGGUCUUCUCAACAAGUCUUUAAAGGUUGGAAUAAGCAGCUGCACCACUGUGCAUGGUCUUGCUGGUAACGGCGGUCUCCAUGCUGGAGCCAGGAAGGAAAAUUGCGAGUUUGUUGCAACUGUAGAUUCUCACAAAUUACAAAGUGCCGCUUCUACUGGACGGUUUUUAUGUGCGCUAUUUCUGGACGACGGCGGUGCUGUGAAGGAGUACCGCAGCGAUGACAGCGCCGUUAGUGGAACUGUUCUGACAAAAGAGGGAAAAGAAAAACGACCGAAUGAAGCUCCACGUGAGGACAGGGAUGUUCAGGAGAGGCGCUGUGAUGUGUUGCCCCGGGAUACGGAGCCUAGGGGUCAGCCCCCGCCUGGGCGUGCCCUCCACCCCUGCGCCUCCUCACAAAUCCUUGUGCCCACACACAGGGCAGCAAAAGGACAUGCGGACAGGGAAGUGAUGGCGGCUGCUGCCCUGACUUCUCUCUCUGCUACCAACCCCCUGGUCCUGCCCCAAAAUACAGUUCCUGAGACCACCAGCAAGGGGCUGAAGGAGAGCCUGUCAGGAAGCUACGGCAGCACCACCAGUGGAAACUGGAGCUGGGAUGCAAGCGACCAAUCGGUGCCCUCCACACCCUCGCCUCCCCUGUGGACUGACAUCAACAAGACCUCCUUGCUCUUGUCUCAGGGUGAUGAUCUCAUAGACGAGUCGGAGAUCACACACUUCCUGUUUGAGGACCCUAUUCCCCGGAAGAGGAAGAACUCCAUGAAGGUGAUGUUUAAGUGUUUGUGGAAGAACUGUGAAACUGUGCUGAGCUCCUCUUCAGGGAUCCAGAGACAUGUCCGCACCUUUCACCUGGGGAGGAAUGGAGACUCAGAGGACAGUGAUGGUGAGGAGGAUUUCUACUACUCAGAGAUGGAGGUGAAUGUGGACACACUUUCGGAGGGGCUGUCCUGCCUUACACCGGCCUCUCCAACCGCCCCCAUGGCCCCGCCCACUUUCUACAAGGCCCUGCCCAUCUUCUCCUGCCCACAUCCAUCCCAGCGUGCACUCAUCUCUCUGCGUGCAGAGCUUGGCUGCACCUCCCCCCUCAGCCAGUCAGCACCCUCUACCCUCUGCCAGAUCCGCACUGACCACACCUACCAGGCAACGGCUGCGCUGAGCAUCCCCGGCGCGCCGUCUGCAUUCCGGCCGAACGACGCCAGCGCCAGCCUCUCCUGGCAGCCGCUCCGCACGACUCCGCCCACCCAGAUCUGCAAUUUUAAUGUGAUGGAGAGGAGGCUGCCAUUCCAACACACCACCUUCGCAAAGCCCCUCCCCCCUGCUGUGCCCACAGCCAAGACCUCUACAGGAAGCAGGAAGUCACGUGGUGAGGCCAAGAAGUGCCGGAAGGUGUACGGCAUGGAGAAGAAGGACCUGUGGUGCACGGCCUGUCGCUGGAAGAAAGCCUGCCAGCGCUUCACCGACUGAUGCCCGACGCUGGCCCGACGCAGGCCUCCCCCUCUCGCCUCUGGGGUUCUGUCGGCCCUAUGCAGGCCCGCUCCCAAACCACCCACCCCCCACCGGGGGAAGGAUCACCUUGUGGGGUGGGGGUGUGUCACGUCCAUUUGCUUCUGGGGAUACAGGAACUAACAUAUGUGCAAAAAAUAGACUUAAAUAAAUGGAUCAUCUUCAAGGAAAAUUCAGACAAAAUUGUGCUUUAAAUGACAGGAAACUAAAAUGGGCCCAGAAAAACCCUUUGCGCUUUGUGCUCUGGCCUAAGCAGUGUUGUUUUUGUAACAUUUGUGCUCUUUUUGUAUUUUCUUAUUCCGAUUCUCCACUUCCGAAGCCAGGACUGGCUGUAGGUCUUAGCCACCUCAUGGCAGCCAUUUUAAGCUAGUUUUUUCUUCCCGUUUAAAGUGUUUUUUUGGUAUUCAAUUGUUUGUAAAAACAAAGUCUGCAAUUUUUGUGAAAAAAAAUUAUUGAAAUGAAAUGUUUUGAAAUUAACAGAUGAAUUACACAUUUUAUCCAGCCGCUCCUUGUUUUCCGAAUAAUCAAAAUGUUGAUUUAAAUCUGAACUUUCAUAUGUCUAACAAAAGAUUAUUUUGCCAUGAUAAUCUUUCAUUCGAACACUGGCAGCAGAAUAUAACUUUGAGUUUUUAUAAAGCUGUCGGAAAAAACUUUGUUUCAGUUGCUUGUUUCUUAACUGAACUGCAGAAUGUAUUACUUGUCAUCUCCUUUCCCAAACUAUUUUGGCUAUAAGUACACGCGUAUUUCCAUUUUUAUUUCUAAUGUCUAAAUGUUACAAUUACGAAGAUAUGCACUAUUUUCUGUCUGUUUACAGUGUUUGAUAUCAGAUUGUCUGUGCUAGUAAUCUGUGGAAUCACUAUUAGAAUAAACUUUUAAAGUAGUUUUUAUAUCAAUUACCCAAGACAUGUUAUGACUUUGAGAGGAAGUUCCAUGAGAUGUGAUGAUGGGUUGACUGGUACAGGAUGUUCCUCUUCACACAGGGAGCCAGCUAGACAUGAAUAUAUAUGACUUGUGAAAAACCUGCUCACUGUCCCAGUGGCCCCUGGCUCUGUCCCACCACAGCAGUGCUUUAAACUGGGCCACUUUUUUCCCAUCAGCACUGCUUAGUUACUGACAGAUCGGUAACCAUGUGGAAAGACAUUACUGUACAGUAGUAAUUUAUUACACCUGUGCUGUUGAGGUCGUUAUUAGACUAUCUCUGGCAUAUGGUCAUAUUCCGCAUUAAGCCUGUACACCAAGCGUAACCUUGUUAAAAAGUACCAAAGCCCAAAGUGAUGUUAAAAAAGGGAAGCCUUAUCGAGUUACGCUCCGUGGUGCUCAUUUGUACUGCACAAAUACUUGUAUUUAACAUGGAAUCUUGUAUGUGUAGCAUUUCCUGUUUGUGUGCAGGUUCUGUUGGUGAGUGGGAUCACCGGGGUCUGUCUGUUGGGCUCGUGUGAAACUGUAGGCUGUAGAUGUCUCUGCCUCUAAGAGCAGCUGAGGAGAAGUGGGAAGCCUCAGAUAGUUCCUGAAGAAAGUGUGAAUCUGUUUCAGCAAGUUGGCAUAUGAUCCAAGAAUGUUUGUAUUUUGGAACAAUUAUUGGCACCGAGAUGGUUUUUUUUAGAAUUCUUACCAUUGUUGACUGUAUUUGUCUUCAAACAAAGGAUGUGUUGCACUAAUUAAAAUGUACGUGUGAUUCGCUUGGAGAUUUCUGGAGGUUUGGAGCGUCUGUCUCCCAUCUCAGGCCUUGCUGAUGUUGGACACACAUGCACUUUCACAGGCUCCUCCUCGUCUUUGUAGAGAGACUGACAGCUUCCCUGCAUCACUCCUUGUGUUGCUCUGUAUGUAGCAGUCAGGAGACUCCAGUGACUCACUUCCUCAGAAGGCACAGAUGACAGAAGCUGCCUGUGAGGUCAUGAGUUUCGUCUUCACUGUUUCACCUGUGGUCACAGUUUCCACAGAUUCCAUAGACUAACCAAAUACUCAAGUCUGUACUCUUUUUAUUUUUUAAUUAAUUUGGCAUUUCCAAUUCUACCCGAAUUUAGAAUAUCCAAUUCACAAGCGAGGGGGGAGGAGACCCAAUCGUACAUGUCCGCAGAGAGAGAACCAUGGGUGCCCGGACAGGGUCACUCAAGUAAUAAACACUGCUGUCCCUGCCAGCUGAAUCUCUCCCAUAUACCCCUUGGGCAUCACAAAGCCAGUUGUGCACUGCCCCUACAUGGCUGCCAGUCGAUACCGUCACGAGCUGGAUUUCACCCCGAGACUAGUGCUCCCUAUGAACGACCCCCCACAGACCCUAAGCACUGUAUUUUAACACUACAAGUUCUGCUGAAGCAGAAAUGCUCCAGUUUGAUAUAAGGGGCAUGAUCGAUGACAAUACCAGCACUAAUGGAUGUCCAGUACAUUGUCAUGUCCUUUCAUGAAUAUUCAGAAACUAAAUGUAGCCCCAGAAACUCAAACCGGAACCACUUCUGUUAUAUGUAAUAGAGAGGCAGAAAGAAUGCAGGAGGUAACGUUCUGGUUAGCUUGUAGAAUCUAUGCACAGAAUCGAUGUUUUCCUGGUUGCACUAAGAUAAAGUGUAUUUAAGGAAGUGAUGGAGCCAGCCAAAUAUUAGCCGUAGCGAAAGGCUUGUGUAAAGAACUGUAUUUUUUAUUGUUUUUAAAUAACUUUUUACUGAAUUUCCAGUGUAUACAUAUAUAUGUUGUGAAUGUAUCCCAGGAGAGGCAAAGCUUAACCUCCUGUGCAGUUACCACAAGAUCCAGCAGAUUAUGAGCAACCCAGGUGUGUGUGGGGCAUCUGACAGAAACUAGAAAUGGAUGUUCUGGAAGAUUUCCAGUUUUCUAAUGAUAAGUAUCAUUGACGUGUCUUGUAUUCUUAACAUAUCCACCAGUGUGUGAUGAUGUCAUAAUGUAAAAGCCAAUUGCAUUCAUGUGUAAUGAUCUUUGUGAGCACUGCAUCCUGCUGUACCUGCUGUGUCACACUGCAUUCUGCCCGGGCUCAUUCGCUGUACCUUUACUCUUCUGUUAGCUGCCAUCUUGUGAUAUUUGACAAUAAAUGGAAAUUGUUUUAAAACUGUCA